AUGGAAUGCUUUGUGUAUCUCCUGCUACUAUCCUUCCCUCUACUGAGAUGCUCUGGUGUUUUGCCACCAAUACCAAUGCCCUCAGCUACAUAUCCACAAUAUCCUAAUCCACCAACAACCACUGAUGAAGACCUCAAGUUAAUUAUAGGCCCAUCCACAACCACGACAAAUCCCACUAGACCAGAGGAAGUAAAUCCUACUGCGCCUCGUGAAGAGCCAAAUGACAACAGCAAAGACAUGGAAAUGAACCCAGUCACUAUUAGACCAGGUUCCAGCACAUCACCUGACCCCACGUCACCUGAACGUAGCUUCAAAACUGUACCACUUGGCAUUUGGAUUGCAGCGGCUACCGUAGCUCUACUCAUAGUGUUUGUGGGUGUCACCAUUGCAGUCUGCUGUGUGGUGCUGAAAUCCAGGGCAGGUAAAAACCGUGCACAGCCCACAGAGGGAGUGCAUUACUACGACUACAUUGACUCACAUGGAAUCUACUCAUUGGCACACGGCCCUAGAACACCCACCACUACUGCUGCCAUACAUAGACUGGCUGAAGAGGACGAUGGGACCGAGUUGGAGUACGUCCAGAUGGCUUCCGCAUCAGACCACCAGGAAGCUCAGUCUCUGCAGACGUUUUUGGGAGGAUUGGAGACACGUGUACCACCAGAACAGACUGAACCUUACUACACGAUUAUAGAUGGUCAAGCUCGUCCAUCUGUCACAGCUACUGGUGAUGAAGAAAAAAGAACAAACAGCAUAGAAAUGAUAACAAACGUGGCAUAUCCUGCCAUCAGAGAAAACGUUUUUGAGGACUCAGGAGAGUACAUUUAG